CGCUGUGUUCAAGUUGUCCAUCCAAUUUCUGGAAAACCUUCAAGUUUUUGUUCUAACGAUGAUCUCUGGAAUACUACUGGUCCCACAUCGGGUUGGCAAGCAGUUAAGGUCGAUUUGAUGUCGACUCAAAGUGAUUUUCAGCUCGUUUACCUAUUUGUUGGCAGAUCAUGUAUUGAACUUGUUGUUCCCGAGACUCUUCAGAAAGUGCCCUACUGUCGAUGUGUCAACGUUCCUGAUCCUAAAACCGGUAGAUCAUCUAGCCUUUGUUUCAAUGACGAGCUCUGGAAUGCUACUGGCGCUUCUUCGGGUUGGAAAUCUGUGAAAGUUGACUUGUCUGCCACAUCAAGAAGCGAUUUCCAGUUUCGUUUUCUUUCAACUCACUACUUAAUUUUCAAAUUUAGUAACUGCAUGGAGGUUGUCAACCCACUGGGUGGUAAGGCAACAAGCGUAUGCUUCAAUGAGGAUGUUUGGAAUACUACUGGCUCCACAUCUGGUUGGCAAAAGGCUGCAGUUGAGCUAGGAUCUAUCAACAAGGGUGAUUUUCAGUGCGGGUUCGAUUGUGCUUGCGAGCAUCUUUUUUUCAUUUUUUUCCCUAUCCACCCUUUCUGCUUUAUUUUUCUUCUUUCUCCAACAUAUCUAUAUCCACAUCUCCUAUUUAUAUCCAGCCGUUGCGUGCAAAUCCCAGAUCCAGUCAGUGGAAAGACAACCAAUGUUUGUUUCAACGAUGAUCUCUGGAAUAUAACUGUUUCUACUGAUGGUUGGAAGAUAGCUAGAGUUGACUUGGUUUCCUCAAAUUCCAGUGAUUUUCAGCUAAAUCGGUUUAGUACUCCAAAAACGAUCUGGGCUACAAAUAAUUCACGUGAAAUAACAUCUCGGUGGUCCAAUGCCGUGGUUAAUUUAGAAGUCGGUCCCUCAGAUUUCCAGCUUCCUUAUCCUCCUUUCGUUUGCCUUCUUUUGAACCCCUUCCGAUCACCUCAACUCGUUAUUUCUGCAGAUCUUGUAGUGAAUUUACGGAUCCGAAAACUGGCGUCAAGUUCCAGCAUUGGUAAUGCGUGUUUGGGUGUAAUGUUAAUCAAAUCUCCUUUAAGCAUUCCAGAAACACUUUGGUCGGCGAACAGCAGUGAUUCUGAUGUACCGGCUUGGAGAAAGGCUAUAAUUAGUUUGGAUAAAUCAGGAACUUUUACGAGGAGUGACUUUCAGGUGAAUUUGAUUCGAGAUAGUUUUAGUAAUCAGGGUUUUGCUGUGAAUAAUUGUAAGAAUGUUCGUGACGCUGAUACUGGUGAAAUCCAUGUUAUAUGCUUCAAUGAUGAACUCUGGAAAGAUAAUGGCUCAGUGCCUGGCUGGAAAACUGGCAGAGUUGAUCUUAGCUCCUCUGCAAAGUCGGAUUUUCAGAUGUUAAUUUUGGGCUCGUUUGAACUCUCUUUUCAUCUGCUUUCUUUUCUUUUUUCUCUUUUUUUUCUUUAUUUAAACUCAUUCUCCCCGUAUUUCCUCUUCAGUCGUUGUGUCCAAGUUCAUCACCCAUUGACUGGAAAGCUUACAAGCAUCUGUUCCACUGAUGAUCUCUGGAAUGCCACUGGUUCCACUUCGGGUUGGCAAAAUGUAGCUAUUGACUUGAAUUCCACUGUCAAGAGUGAUUUCCAGCCCAUCAUUUUUAUACCCUCAUUCUCUAACUUUAGAGAUUGUAUCCAAGUGUUUCAUCCUAAAACUGGCAAACCUACAAGUGUCUGGUUUGUUGACCUCUAUUCUUCUAUGGUAAUUUCUCUUAUGCGUCUAUUAGUUCUAAUGAUGAGUUGUGGAAUGCCACUGAUUCUACACAGGGCUGGCAUAAUGUCAAAGUCUACCUUCCUUCCACUUCUACUAGGAGUGAUUUUCAGGUACUUCUUCAAACCAAUUAUUCUUGAAGGAGUUAUUCCAGCUGGAUUCCCGGAUGCGAAAAUAUGUGUCGACAAUAUCACAAGCUACAAUGUGUCUUGCAGUGAACUCGAACCCAAACCAGCGAUGUCCACAUCCAAUACCUACACUUGGGCUCAGUACUUUGGAAUCACCUUCAUCGUCGCCUUGGCUUUUGGUCUUCUGGUACCAAUUCUCUUUCUCGUCGGUAUCAUUGUGAUUUGCCGUCGCCGUCAUGCCUAUCGUCAUCAUUGCAUGACCAAUGGAUCUGGUGGAGGUAUGAGCGUGGGAGGACCGGGCUCUGGAAGCUACGGCAACAGCAAACUCUUUUCUGCAAACUUGUGGCAUUAUAUUGGUGGCAAAGAAGUCGCUGAUGAUCCCUUCGCUGAGCACACUGCUAGCAUUCAUCGUCCACCUUUUGCUACUCACAAAUUCUCUGAUGGAACUAUGGGAAUUAGGGGUGAUGGAACGCUGGAUCUGCCAGAUGUUGUUAUUCCUUCCGGCCGUGUUGUUGGUGGAACACUAAUGCGUAACCCUCAACCCUCUUACAAUGGCACUCCCUAUGGUUAUCAAACCAUGAUGGCUACUGGUAAAGGAAUGCGCUACAAUGGCAUGACUAUGGGUCAGCAAAACACAAUGAUGCCUAACCAACCCAACUUCCCCAUGGAGUUCGGAGCCCAAGGUAUGAUGCAAGGCAAUCAAAUGAUGAUGGCCCCCGGACAAGUCAUGGUGCAACAGGAUCCUAAUCAACAACAAAUGAUGAUGCAACCAUCCAACUACUUCCAAUCUCUGGCACAACCAGCCGGCCAACAACAACAACUGGGAGGUCAACAACAACAGCCACAACAGCCUCAGAUGAUGCUCACUGGAGCUCCAAAUCAAGUAACCGCCGCUGCUAAUGUCCCUCUUCCCACGGCAACCACCAACGCCGCUAGCGUCACACCUCUCCAGUCUGCACCUGUCAAUGCUGUUCCUGAUGAAAAUGGACCUUUUGUGCUACCUGACCCGCCAUCUGACCACCAACAAGAACGCGAUCAGGUUGCUGCUGCUUUGGACGCCCUCAACGCUGCCACUGAGCCACCACAGUCCCGACAGAUCACUUCCGUUACAGCUGCUGUUGGUGGUGAGCAUCCACCACCCGGUUACGACGAAGCCGUCGGGAUGGCCGUCUCUCGAGCCUCCGUUACUGGUACUGCAGCCGCAGCUCCCGUCUUGCCACCACGUCGCUCUGGUGGUGCAGCAUCCGGUGAACCAAUCAGCCUAGCCCAACGCUAUGGCCUCCCGGUUGCGGAGAUAUAA